CAUAUGUCUUCAUGGAUCUAAAUGUACAUGAGAGUAACUUACCAUCAGAACUAACACAGAAGUACAUAUUAACUAGUCUCUUAGGGAGGGGCACUUGUGGUGAAGUUAGGUUAGCUUUUGCCAAAGGUUCCUGUGAGAAAUAUGCUUGCAAAAUCAUUUCGAAAAAGGCAUUUACAGGCAAUGAAAAGAUGCAAAUUAAUCAUGAAUCCAAAGUUAUGAGUGAAGUGAGAAUUUUGAAGGCCUUAAAACAUCCCUGUAUCAUUGGUAUUGUCGAUGUUGUCGACACUUCUGACAUGCUGUACAUAGUUCUGGAAUUAGUUGAAGGAGGUGAACUUUUUGAUAAAGUGGUGUCCAUAGGCAGAUAUGAGGAAGCCACAGCCAAACUGCUUUUUUUUCAAAUUGCCACAGCAGUGAAAUACUUACAUGACGAAGGCAUCACACAUCGAGAUUUAAAGCCUGAGAACAUCCUGCUAGCCUCAGAUGAUCUGGAAACAUUGAUAAAGGUUACAGACUUUGGCCUGUCUAAGUUUGUGGAUGCCGGAUCAAUGCUGAAAACCUUCUGUGGGACACCGACCUACCUGGCUCCUGAAAUCCUGUUAACCGCAGGCAGUGGCUCAUACACAAAAGCCAUAGACUGUUGGAGUUUGGGCGUCAUUUUGUUUGUCAUGUUGUCAGGAUACUCGCCAUUUUCUGAUGAACGUGAAGAUAUGGACCUUCCAAAGCAGAUCAUGGAAGGACAUUAUACAUUUCUGAAGCAGUAUUGGAAAAAUGUAUCAUCAACAGCUGUUGAUUUGAUCAAACAAAUGCUGGUAGUUGAUCCAGACAAAAGAAUCACAUCUGCAGAUAUCCUAAAUCAUCCAUGGCUUUUGGAUAAUGAAAUGAGAACAAGAGCUAAUACAAUAAUGUAUGGAGAUUCUGAUACUAUGGGCUCUAUUAAACUGUCUGUGGCGAAAAGAAAAGCUGCUGACGGAUGUGAUAAACCUCACCAGAAAAGAAGGCCGUCGAUAGAUGCAGUUGCUGAGAAUAGUCAAUAG